GCCGGGUCGUGGACAUUUCCUUGCAUCUGCAAACACCGCUCUGGUGUUUCAGGUCGCGCACAGUUAAUCUGAAAGCCCACGGACGGGAGAUAUUAGCUGCCGGACUGAAACACCCGAGCUUCUUGUUGAACUGUGCGCGACUCGCGUCCUUAAAUCGGCAGGAAUCGUCCAGUCUCGCUGUCGGGGCAGUGGCAGAGGCAGAGCGGUCGGGGAUAAAAACCUUCAGGCAUUAGGGCUCCAUGAGCACAGCGGGGCAGCAGCAAGGGGUGGGUCUGCGUUCACGCCGAGUGCUUGGCCGGGACAAGGACCCUGGUCAAGGCAUGGGCAUGGAGGCGACCUGCUGGCUGGCCCCCGGAGUGCUGCGCAGACUAAUCGAGCUUCCCGCUCCCCCUCUCUCUCGACACCAGCUCAAGAGACUUGAGGAGCACAGGUACAGCAGUGCUGGGCGCUCUCUGCUGGAGCCUUUAAUGCAGAAGUACUGGGAAUGGUUGGUGGGGCAGGUCCCUUCCUGGAUUGCUCCCAACCUCAUCACCAUCAUUGGCCUGGUCACCAAUGUCUUCACCACCCUGGUCCUUGUGUACUAUUGCCCAACUGCCACUGAACAGGCUCCUCUCUGGGCAUACCUAUUGUGUGCUGUGGGUCUUUUUGUCUACCAGUCAUUGGACGCCAUUGAUGGGAAGCAGGCCAGACGCACCAAUAGCAGCUCUCCCCUGGGCGAGCUGUUUGACCACGGCUGUGACUCUCUGUCCACAGUGUUUGUUGUGUUGGGAACCAGUAUAGCAGUGCAGCUGGGCACCAAUCCGGACUGGAUGUUCUUCUGCUGCUUUGCUGGCAUGUUCAUGUUCUACUGUGCCCACUGGCAAACAUACGUGUCAGGAACGUUACGCUUCGGCAUCAUUGAUGUGACUGAGGUGCAAAUCUUCAUUAUAAUUAUGUAUUUGCUGGCCGCCGUGGGAGGAUCUGCUUUUUGGCAGUCACUGAUUCCAGUCCUAAAUAUCCAGAUGAAAAUGAUUCCUGCCAUCGGCACUUUUUUAGGAGCCAUCUUCUCCUGCACAAAUUACUUCAGAGUUAUUUUUACAGGAGGUGUGGGUAAAAACGGAUCCACAAUAGCUGGAACCAGCGUCCUCUCUCCUGUCCUUCAUAUUGGUUCAGUUAUAGUUUUGGCAAUAAUGAUAUACAAAAAGUCUGCUGUCCGGCUCUUCGAGAAACAUCCAUGUCUCUAUAUCCUGGCGUUUGGCUUCGUAUCAGCUAAAAUCACCAAUAAAUUAGUUGUUGCACAUAUGACGAAAAGUGAGAUGAAUCUUCACGAUUUAGCUUUCCUGGGGCCAGGGCUACUGUUCCUCGAUCAGUAUUUUAAUAGCUUUAUCGACGAGUACCUGGUGCUCUGGAUUGCUCUGAUCAUUUCCUUGUUCGACUUGGUGCGUUACUGCGUCAGUGUUUGCAACCAGAUUGCCAGUCAUCUUCACAUUUUUGUUUUCAAAAUCAAGCCCUACUCGGUUCCCGUCUCGGCUCCUCGCUGAGGCCGCGGCGGCCGUCACUGACUCAG